UAAAAUAUGCUUUUUAGACUCUGAAAUAGAAUAUAAUUCUAUAAAAUAACUUAAAGUAACUCGCAAGAAAUUUUGGUAUGAUUGCCAACACUAACCAGCGAACACACUGCUUGAGCCUCAAAAGACCCAGCCGAGCAAAUACGAAGUUGGCUGGUCUCUUCAGCGCAUUUUUCGUCGUUGAAAAAAUUUGUUCUAAAUGUCUAGUCUAUGUGUUCUCUGAUUAGUGUUGCCAACUAAGACUAUCUUGAUAACUCACAAAGAGGAGCUUCAACUACUGUCGUAAAACUCGUGUAACGAUUAUUCUCUUAAUGUUCUCCCAUCUCUAACUUUGUUGUGUAUUUAUACUAUUUUUGUUUAAUGCUGUCAAAUAUGAAUUGACAGUGUAUGAUGAGAAAUUGUUCUGCUAUUGUGCAUUUAGUCAAACAAGGAAACAGUACUAUGAAUUCUCUAGAGGAGCAGCUAAAGCAAUUAACGAUAUUGAAUAGAAGGUGCGAUGAUGCACAUAUGAAAACCGGAAAAGUCGCAGCUUUAGUUAACAAUUUACAACAGAAAGCUGAUGCUGCUCAAAAUACCUCCGUUUUCAGUAAGUCGAGGACGGCACCAACCAUACCACCGAAGCCAUUCAAAAAGACAGUUGAUAUGCCUCAGGUGCCCCUUAGCAAACUAGUUACGGAUGCCCGAGAACCACUUUUUUCACAGCCACUACUUAGUGGAUCGAACCUUCUAAUCAAGCAGCCCAUUUAUGCUAGUAAAAGUGUUGAUAAAAUUGGCAAUAGCCGAACAACACUGGACAACCCAGCUAUAUUGGAACAGCAAUUAGAAGCUUUAGCGUACCAUAAACAGCAAAUGGAGAAAAAGGGACUAUUGGGUGCGCAGAGUCUACAAAUUGCUGAACAUGCCGAAAUCAUUCCGAAACUAUCCUCCACAUCUCUAAGUGGCCACUUUUCCAGGCAGAGUGCAUCUAUUUAUAGCAAUCUACAACACUCUUCGGAGUGUCUAGCUAACGAGUCGAAAUCUGUAUUCAUGCAACCAAAUGAUUCUUCUUCCAAUGUCCAAAAUACAUUUACACGAAAUGAUAAGGAAUUAGAAGAAGACUUACCGCCGCCUCCUAGUCCAGUUAGCUCAUCUUAUAGUGAGCUGCGAAGAGCUAGUGACGUCUUUGACAAAGCGGGCGACUCACAUGGGAAAAAUCCAAAUGAACCAAUGGCAACAUCCAGGGUAAACCUUGCCAAUCCAUAUGCUACUCAAAACAAUUAUCAAAAUAAGACUUGUGGCGACUAUUUUGCCUAUGGUGCAUUAUCCCAGAGUUCUUCAACAUAUGAUUCGAUAUAUGAACCCAUAAACCCACGUCCAGCUGUCGAUAUAUCGUCGCGUACUGCGAAUUGUAAUGCAUAUACUACAUAUGUAAAUCAGCGCAUUAUGUCAACCAGCAAUUGGAAUAAACUGGGGUUAGAACAAAGUGGAAGUGGAACAAAUACUCCCAUAUACUGCAACGACGAAGCUAAAGUAGAGGCUAACAUUGGAUUUUCAAAAAUAAGUGAAAAUGAUGAGCACUUGAGUCAAUAUCACUUGUCAACAAUUGAUUCGACUAACGAAGUGGAGAGCUACGGUCGUUGCUUCAAGUGUAAUGAACGCGUGCUCGGCGAAAGUAGUGGAUGCACUGCCAUGGAUCAAAUAUAUCACAUUUCAUGUUUCACAUGCACUGAAUGUCAACUUAACCUACAGGGCAAACCAUUUUAUGCACUAGAAGGACAACCAUUUUGCGAAUACGACUAUUUGCAAACACUUGAGAAGUGUUCAGUUUGCUUAAAGCCAAUUUUGGAGAGAAUUUUAAGAGCCACGGGCAAACCCUAUCAUCCACAAUGUUUUACUUGCGUUGUCUGUGGAAAUAGUUUGGAUGCUAUUCCAUUCACAGUAGAUGCCACGAACCAAAAUUAUUGCAUUGCAGAUUUCCAUAAGAAAUUUGCUCCUCGUUGCUGUGUUUGUCAGGAGCCAAUCAUGCCGGAGCCCGGACAAGAAGAAACUGUAAGGGUCGUUGCCCUUGAUCGAAGUUUUCAUCUAGAAUGCUAUAAAUGCGAGGACUGUUCCCUCUUAUUGUCAUCCGAAGCCGAUGGUCGCGGCUGCUAUCCCUUAGAUGAUCAUGUGCUGUGCAAAAGCUGUAACGCUCGAAGGGUUCAAGUUUUAACAAAUCGUAUGACCUCAGAGCUCUAAUCAGAUAUCGAAUAACACUCCGAAAUAUUGUGUUAUGAAAUACAUCAGCAAAUGUAUUCAUACUUUAUUCAUACUUGAACUUAAAGCUAAUAUCAAACUCUAAUCUCUAUUUAUACUAUUCGAUAGCUUCAUUCCAUAAUUUAUAAAAGUAAAGCACAUAUGCAAUUAAUAAUGUUGCAGUCACUCGUUCAAGGCCCAAAAAGAGUAAUGUAUAUAGUCUGUGUGCAGAAGAUGAUCUACGGGCUUAUAUAUACAUAUCUGCCAUAUUUUGGCCGAUUUGACGAAAGACUCUGAAUUACAUUUUCUCUGGCACCUUACA